AUGACGGUUACUUAUUCCAGUAAAGUCGCCAACGCCACCUUCUUCGGUUUUCACCAGCUGCUGCUGCGCUGGAAGGGGAGCAUCUACAAGCUGCUGUACCGAGAGUUCAUCCUGUUUGCUCUGCUGUACACCGUCCUCAGCAUCGUAUACAGGAUUGUGCUCUCCGAGGAUCAGAAGAGACUGUUUGAGAAACUUUCCAUGUACUGUGACAAAUAUGCUGAACAGAUCCCCGUCACCUUCGUCUUGGGUUUUUAUGUGACUCUGGUGGUGAAUCGGUGGUGGAAUCAGUUUGUUAACCUGCCCUGGCCGGACAGACUCAUGUUCCACAUCUCCAGCUGUGUUCAAGGUAAAGACGAAUAUGGCCGCCUGCUGCGCCGGACAUUGGUACGUUACGUUAACCUCACGUCGCUCCUCAUCUUCCGCUCCGUCAGCACGGCUGUCUGCAAACGAUUCCCGACCAUGGAUCAUGUGGUCGAGGCAGGUUUCAUGACACCUGAGGAGAGGAAGGUGUUUGAGAACGUUCGUUCUCCUCACCUGAAGUACUGGAUCCCUGUUGUCUGGUUCUCCAACCUGGCGUCUAAAGCUCGGCAGGAAGGACGCAUCCAAGACAGCAUCGACCUGCAGAACAUUCUCAACGAAAUGAAUCGCUUCAGGACCUGGUGUGCGACUCUUUUUGGCUACAACUGGGUCGGUGUCCCUCUGGUUUAUACACAGGUUGUCACUCUUGCUGUCUACACCUUUUUCUUUGCUUGUCUAAUUGGUCGACAGUUUCUUGACCACACCCGUGGUUACCAAGGUCAUGACCUUGACCUGUACAUCCCCGUUUUCACCUUGCUGCAGUUCUUCUUCUACUGUGGCUGGCUUAAGGUAGCAGAGCAGCUGAUCAACCCGUUUGGCGAUGAUGACGAUGACUUUGAAGCAAACUGGAUCAUCGACAGGAACCUUCAGGUGUCUCUCCUGGCAGUGGAUGAGAUGCACAUGAACAUGCCUCACAUGACCAAAGACAUUUACUGGAAUGACUGCGAUGCACGGCCACCAUACACGCUGGCUGCUGCAGACUACUGCAUCCCCUCAUUUCUUGGCUCCACCACUGACAUGGGUCUCUCGGACAUCCUGCAGUUUGACGACACUGAUGUUAGCCACAACCAUCAGCGGCAACAGGACUAUACUUUGCCGCGGCGCCAAGAGUCGGUUUUGGGUCGGGUCCGCCGUCUGCUUAGUGUUCAGGAACCUCCUGACCUCCGACCCCCUCGACCCAUCUUCAAACGACAUAGCAGUGAUGCAACUGGCAGUUUCUUCCCAGAUGUCAGGGUCAAUGCAGGACCAGGGAUCAAUGUUCCACUGUCCUCGCUGUUCAUGUCUCAGCCUUCCAUGGAAACUUUGUCCACCUUAAGGGAGGUCAACAGCAACCCACCCUCACCGGAAAGCUCCAUUUCUGUUUUCCCCCAGCUUGUCAUCAGCCCUCCAUUAUGUGGCGAUGUUUGCCAGAAUGUGGAUUCGUAUACCAAACCUCAGAAUGGCCUGAAUCCUUCCCCCACUGAUGAAGCCCCAGGCUCAGAAACCCUAAGUAUUUCCAGGACUGCGUCCUCUCUCUGUUGUUCCCCCACUCAACUUGGGCCCAAAGAAUUUCGGUGGACAACUUUCAAUGGCCAUAAUCGUCAGCCAACCAAACCAAGGGGGCGUCAGUUCUCACUCCAGUUCUCCAGGCAGACUUCAAAGGCAUCGGUCCGCAGCCUGCCAAGUCCUAAAGGACUGGGGCGGCGGAGAAAAGGACUGGCUCGAUUCCAGUCCAGGAGAUCCCCUGGUCCAACCUCAGACACUCUGCAGCUCCCUGACCCCGAUUACGACUUCCAGGGAAUAACAGGGACUCAGGAGGAUGAGAAGGAAGAAACCAACGACAAUGAAGAGGUCAAAAACACCAGCUCCCACUCAGAGAGUUUCGAAAAGAAAUAA